UACACCGUAGAUUUCUGCUUACUUCACAAGGUCAAUAUUCUCUAGGGUUUAUUAUUUUUAUGUUUUUAAUUUUGGUUUAGAAUAAGUUAAGAUCUGAAGAGGGAAUCAAAUUGAUUAUGAUCGAUGAAAAUGUCGGAGAAUAAUGAAUCAAAUGGUCCGGAUAAUUCUGAAUCAUCAGUUAGUCAGGAAGAUGAGGCUGCGAGUGUUUUGCAAUUUGCUGAUGGUAAAGAUGAUUUGUUUGUUGAUGCACCGGAUGAUUUAGAUGAUUCUAGAAGUGCUGAUAAUAGAGAACUAGUUGCGAGUAAUGAAGCUGAAACCUCGGUUUCUGAGGAAGACCUUGAUGAUAUUAAGAGGGAGAAUCACCACCUUGCUGGAAUUGAAAAUGGGGCAAGAGAUGAUCACUUGGUGGCUGAGCUGGAACGUUUGCGUGAUUUGUUGGAUAAGACGGUUGAUGAGAAAGAUAGUAUCGAAAAGGAAUACAAGGAAGAAAGAAAGACCCUUGUGAAAGAACUUGCUAAUCUUCGUCACCAGCUUAAGGUUUUGACUGGAAAAGAGUUGUUUCCAGGUGACAGUGAUGAUGGUGGGUUUGAACAAGGGGUUGGUGAAAGUGAGAAAAAGACUGAGGUGGUAGAUGCCCCGUUGCAUGAGUUGAUGAGUGAAUGCUCAGAGUUUCUUAGAAGUGCUCUGAAUUUGCGGACACAGAGUGAGAAUGCUAUUCAGGAACUCAAUGCAGUUCUUCAUAUGAAGGAUCAAGAGAUUCAGGAUCUCAAUGCAAAGGUUACUGAGCUCUCUGUUUCACAAGCUGGCACGGCAUCUGAGGUUCAGCUUGAGAGGGAUCAGUAUGUUGAGGCUGUUGCAGAUAGGAUGUUGGCUUAUCUUGCAACGGUAGUCAAUCAAGAGGAAUUAUUGGAUUAUUCAAUUGUUGGGAAAAUCACUAAUGUUGAGAAAAGCACUUAAUUGUUGAUUGAGAAGUAUAAUCAGAU